UUAAUAGGAGUGAAAGUAAACAAAGAGAAACUGUCACUUGCUCUUACGUCCUCCUAAAAAAUAAACCGAGAUAUAUUUAUAAAAACACAUUGAAAAAAGUUUUAAUUAUUAGCAGUGUUCGUUGCAAACGAGUAGCAAAAAUUGCUUACAACUGCCUAUUCGUGGUUAUCUAGGAUAUAAUGAAGAAAUCGUUUUACAAACGGGGUAAACUGAUCCAUACUGAGCAACCUUUUGCGUGCGUGCUUCAAUCUCGUUAUAGAAAUAACCGGUGCGAUAAAUGCUUCAAAGAAGGAAAAGUUUUAAAAUGUUCAAACUGUAUGUACGUGCGCUAUUGUAACCGAUUUUGUCAGAAAGAAGCAUGGCAAGAUCACAAAGAUGAAUGCGUUAAGCUCAAGACAGUUGCCCCUCGGACGAUUCCGGAUGCCGCAUUUAUGCUUUUUCGGAUCUUACGCAAGUUACAAAAAGGAGGGGAUUUUCAGAAAGGAUUUUACACAACCAAGUUUUAUCGUCGUUUCGGAAAUUUAAUGACACACGAAAACAACAUCAGAGAAGAUAAGAAAAGGAUGGAACAUUUCCAGUCGUUGGUUGUGGUGCUGCAAUCUUUGAUAGAUGAGUCUGUUAUGCCAAGUAAUGUUGAAUUAUUGCAGAUUUUUGGAAGGAUGUGCAUCAAUAGUUUCAACAUUCUAGACGAUGAAAUGAAUAGUAUCGGGACCGGUAUAUAUCUAGGUGCAUCUGUAAUGGACCACAGUUGUCGACCGAAUGCAGUAGCGACAUUUGACGGGCCGACCCUACACGUUAGGCUGCUAGAGGACUACAGCAGUGGAAGUGAGAUAGAUAUUUCUAAAAUCUUCAUAUCCUAUAUUGAUCUGAUGGAUACACCUGAUGUAAGACGUGAACGACUUCGUUCACGGUACUAUUUCGAAUGUGAAUGCGAUCGAUGUCAGGAUCAGCAGGAAAUGAAUUUGAUGAAUGCUGGCGCCUGUUCGAAUAUUGAUUGUGAUGAGCCGAUAACUAACAUGAGCGGUGAGAGUGUAAAUAAUUGUCCUCGUUGUAAGGCGGCCAUCAAGAAUACCGAGCGGGAGAAAUUUCGGGAAAUCAUGACAUUCACCAUGUCUCGAUUGGCUGAGAUGAAGGAUAUUGCCUAUCUGGACAUGUGUCAAAUUUGUUUGAAAAAACAGGAAAACGUACUACAUUACUACAACGUUUGGUACCUCAAAACACUGGACCAUGCAUUCGAGAGCGCAAUUAAUAUGGAAAAGUGGGAGGAUGCUAUAUCCUAUGGGUUGCGAUUAGUGAAUGGUUUCAAAAAGUACAACGGUACAUAUCAUCCAUUGUAUGGACUACUGCUGCUAAAGAUAGGAAAAAUACAACUUUUCGUUAAGCAAGUGGAGAAAGCACUGAAGAAUAUCAGUGAUAGUGAAAAAAUCAUUCGUGUUACGCACGGUGAAGAACAUGAUUUAUAUAAGAAGCAGCUGGUUCCGCUUCUCUGUCAAGCAGCAGACGAAUUCAAUAUGAUAAAACAGUGAUGUACAGCUAGAUUGCAAACGUAAAUAAAACUAUGCUUUUUCUAAAGAAA